CCUCCGCUUCCGCUCUGUCCCUCCUCCCGUCGCGUUCCUUUUCCCGGAAGCGAAGUGAAAGGGCUGCUCCUGGAGCCCUCCGCUGCACGCGGCCCCCCCUCCAGGAUGCAGAGAGCGCCGGUGCUGCUGUUCCUCGCUUGGGUUUGCUUCCUCUUCUUCGCAGCCAUUGGACUCUUCACCAGCGGCUUCCUUCUCAUGCGCGUGGAGCUGGCCAACCGCAGCAGCUGCCAGGACCCACCGCUGGCCAGCCCCCUGGAAGGGACUGGGGCACCUCUCCGCUCCUGCUGGCUGCCCCGGCGCUUCCCCAAGGCUGUGCUCGUCAUCAUUGAUGCCCUCAAGUUUGAGUUUGCCCAGUAUGAUUCCUCCAGGCAGGAGCCGCGGCCUUAUGAGAACAAACUGGGGGCCCUGCACCAGCUGAUCAGCCUGCAGCCUCAACAUGCCCGCCUGUACCGCUUCCGGGCCGACCCACCCACCACCACUAUGCAGCGCAUCAAGGGCAUCACCACUGGCUCCCUGCCCACCUUCAUCGAUGCGGGCAGCAACUUUGCCUCUUAUGCCAUCCAGGAGGACAACUUGAUCUGGCAGCUAGCGCAGAACGGAAAAAGAGUGGUCUUCAUGGGGGAUGACACCUGGGACGGGCUCUUCCCCCGUGCUUUCUUCCGCUCGUACUUUUUCCCUUCAUUCAAUGUGAAGGAUCUUCACACUGUGGAUGAUGGGAUCCUGCAACAUUUGUACCAGACAGUGGAUGGUGGUGAAUGGGAGCUGCUGAUUGCCCACUUCUUGGGCGUGGAUCACUGUGGCCAUAAACAUGGGCCAGACCACCCUGAGAUGGCCAAGAAGCUCUCGCAGAUGGAUGAAAUGCUCAGGUCACUGGUUGACCACCUGGCGAAUGACACGCUGCUCCUGGUAGCAGGGGACCACGGCAUGACGGGCACUGGGGACCAUGGAGGAGACAGCGAAGAGGAGGUGAACGCAGCCCUCUUUGUGUAUAGCAAAGCUCCACUGUUCCAGAGCGACCCGCCUAAGGCACCCGAGACGGUCCCCCAGGUGAACCUGGUUCCUACGCUGGCCCUCCUGCUGGGUGUCCCAGUGCCGUACAGCAACAUUGGGGAGGUGAUGGCGGAGCUUUUCGCAGUCGCGGAUGAUGCCAUCUCCUCGGCCCUUGCCCAGCUUGCUGCGUACAGCAUCAAUGCCAGGCAGGUCAGCCGCUUCCUGCACUCCUACUCGCUGGCCGCUCAAGAUAUCUCGGCGGAGAAGCUGCAGCAUCUCCAAGACCUCUUUUCUGCCGCCCUGGAGGAGCACGAGUGGCUCUCUGCCGGGGCCAGAUCUCCUGCGCUGCCCCAGCUGGAGCAUCUGCAAAGCCUCUUCAGGCGCUACCUGUGGGAGGCCCGGGCCGUGUGUGCUGCAUCCUGGGCCCGCUUCCACCUGCCCCGCAUGCUGGCUGGCUGUGCCCUCUUGGCUUCUGCCUGCGUCCUCUGCUACGUCGCCUCCCACGUGGCCUCUGGCGUGGACUUCCCCUAUGGCCGCCUCCUCCUCUGCCCUGUGCUUUCGGGCUUGGCGGGGGCCGCCCUGCUGGGACUGGCUCACCUCUGUGGUUGGGCUGGCACAGACCCGGCCUUGCUCUCUGCCUGGGGGGCAGCAGCAUCCCAGCUUGGGUUUUUCUGGCUCUGGUGGACACGGCGGUCCCGGCGGUCCCACGCUGGCAGUGCCCGCCCCCCCUCUGGAGACGCCGGCCUGAGGCAGAGACUGUGGGCGGCCCUUCCUUGGGGCAUCCUGUUGGCACGCUGCAGCGCCAUGCUCUCUGACAGCUUUGUGGUGGCGGAGGCCCGGGUGGCCCCCUUCCUCCUCCUCUCCCUGGUGCUGCUGCUGGGGCUGCAGCUGCACUGGGAAGGCAGGCUGGAAGGCUCCCCGUUCCCCGUGCGGCUGCUGGGGCUGCUUGGCGGCCUCCUCGCUUGCGUGCGCCUCUCGGGACUUUUCCAGCAGUGCCGCGAGGAGACCCCCUGCUGCCGCUCCUCCCCGCUCCUUGCCCCGCUCUCCAGCCUGCCAGACCCACAGGCCAAGAACUUCUACUACGUCCUUUGCUUGGCUGUGCUGGCCUGCCUGGCCUGGGGCGUACGCUGCUGGCUGUCCCACUACGGCAACCUGAACAGCCCCGGUGCCCCAGUGCUCUUUGUGCGCUGGGGGUUCCCUCUGCUGGCCGUCUGCAUUGGGGGCUACUGGGCCAUCACCUCUGGGGCCGAGGAGGCCCUGGUCAAGCUGCAUGAGUGGGUCCGGCUGGCUCUGGCGGCCUUCCCACGAGGGAUCUUUGGCUUGGUGCUGAUGGGGCUCCUCUUGGUCCUCUGGGACCCCGUGACGGUCUUUGUGAGGGACAGCCGGGAGCCCCAGGUGAUGGGGGCCCCCGUAGUUUCCCCCAGUUCCCAAGCGGAGCUCCUGCACGUCAUCCCCCAGCUCUAUCGCCGGAUGCAGCAGUCCCUGAAGAGCCGCCUGGAGGAGGCCAAGGCCGGCGGCAGCGCCACGGUGGCAGCCUAUGGACUGGGCAGCGUCUACUCGGCCGCCCUGCUCAUCUCUCUGGCCCUGCUGGGCUUCCUCUUGGUGACGCUGCACAGCGAGCGGCUCAGCCUGGCCUUCUUGCUGCUCUCACUCGAGGCGUUUGUGCUGCUGAGGAUGCAUGCCUGUGCCCUGGCACUCUCCUCCUCGCAGGCCGAUCCCUUCGUGGUGCCCUGGUAUGCCAUUAUUGCCUGGGCUUUUGCUGCCACCCAGUUCUUCUAUGCCACGGGCCACCAGCCUGUCUUCCCAGCCAUCCACUGGAAUGCAGCCUUUGUCGGGUUCCAAGAGGGGCACGAAACCAACCUGCUGCCAGCCCUCCUAGUUGGGGCCAACACCUUUGCCUCCCACAUCCUCUUUGCAGCUGGCUGCCCUUUGCUCCUACUCUGGCCCUUUGUCUGUGAAAUGCCCCCCACCCCCAAGAGCAAGAAGCCAAAGGUGGACCCUCACGACAGGGAAGAGCAGAUGAUGGAGAUGAGGCUCCGGGAAGCUCCAGAGAGGUUUUCAGCUGCCCUUCUGCAGCUGGGGCUCAAGUACCUGCUUAUUCUGGGGCUUCAGAUGCUGGCCUGUGUCCUGGCAGCCAUUGUCCUCAGAAGGCAUCUUAUGGUAUGGAAGGUGUUUGCCCCUAAGUUCCUCUUUGAGGCAGUGAGUUUUGUGGUGAGCAGUGUCUUUCUCCUGCUGGGCAUCGGCCUGGUGAUGCGUGUGGACUGUGCUGUCAGCCUGUGGUUCAAGCAGGUCAUUCUUGCUCAGUCCAGGUAGCAGAAGAGGAAGGAGGACUCUGGCAAGGAGCACCACUUGGGCUGCGGGGGCUUCGAGCGGCUUUGGUGUUGCCAACAACAGGCACUCACUGGCUGAGUUGUCGUUAUAAUCUUGGGCCAUAUUUACAUCCUUCUUGCUGGGCUUGGAGCUCACAUCACUGUCAAUGAGAGCAGAGGAGAGGCUGAGGCUUCAGCUGGGCAGCGGUUGCUGUGUCUUUUGUUUUGCACAGUGAGUCUUCACGCGCUCCAGAGAGAUGUUGUGGCCAGCCAGUGAAUCACUGCAAAUUGGCCCUUUUGGUCUCUUUGCCAAGCAGGAGUCUUGCCUGAGGGUGGCUAAGAAAUGCAGGGGCUCGCUCUUGUUUCCAAAGAGGACGUGAGGGGCAUAUGUGGCAGUGAGCCAGAUCCUUCGACGACUUCCUUGCUCUCCUUUGUCCUUCUCUCCUUCAGGAGCCUGGAGGUUUGAACAGCAGCCUGUGGAAGAUGCUGCAGGUGCAUGUUUGGAAUGGCCAAAAGGGGAACCUGUGCCCAGAGGUGAGGCUGUGAAGAGGAGAGACCAGAUUCUAGACCAGGAAUGCCCUCUCUGAGGAGGCAGCUGAUGGAUUCUUCAGUAACCAGAGCAUGGUCUGCUCCUUGACGGCUAAAUGCUGCUGCUGCUGCCGCCGCCACCACCACCUGUGACUGAUGACUGCCUGCACCUUUGGAAAGGGGUGUUUGACCCAUAGAUCUUGUCCAAAGCCCUGAUGGGCAGAAGCUCUGUCUGGGGUCCAGUGUUCCUGCCAUCACAUCUGAGUUUCAACAUUGCCAAAGAACCUCAACUUUUUGGUGCUGAAGUCUGAGUUGAAAUAGAACAGAGACUCAGUUUAAUUUUGAGUUUCAGAUUUCUGGGUUUGGCUUUUUGAAAUAAAAAAAUGGCAAUUUCGAUUUCCCAUGAUGUGAAAGCGUAGCUUAGAUGUUGCUCCAGCAAGGGUUGAGAGAGCAGAAACAGGGCAGGUGGAAGAAUGCCGCUGAGCCCCGCCCCAGUGUGAGAGAGGCUUCUGGUAGUUCCCUGUUCUGGCUUGCAGUCAGCUGAGGAACAAAGAGAGCUGCCCUGUCCAUCCAAGCCAGUUCUGUCUGCUCUGACUGACAGCCUUCCACGGUCUCUGGUAAAGGCCCUUCCCCAUCGUCACCUGCGGCCUGAGUCUUCUCAGGAGAUGGCCAUACCUUUUGCAUGCAAAGCAUGGGCUCUGCCGCUGACCUAUGGCCUGUCUCCCCUGCCCCUUGCCUGCCUGCAGAAGUGUUCCGUGUAACCCAGCCUCUCCGCCCAAGCCUCCCUCCCUGCUGCUCCUCCUUUGGGGACAGGAUUGUUGUCUGUGCCUCGUUGGCUGCUCUGGAGCAGAGUGAAGACUCCUCCCUUACCCCCCCCCCGGUUCCUUUUGAAGGGAAACCUGUGAAGAGCCAUGUCUAGCCAUGACUUGCCUGAAUCUGCAGCACACGGAGAGACAGAAAGGGAAGCCAAGAGGCCUUCUGUAUGUCUGGCUACCACCUUUCUUCUGGGUUACGGACAAAAGAGCCGUCAUAUGAAUUUGCCUCCAUCCCACCUCUGACUUAAGAACUCUUUUAACCCCUUCUUGUUUGUUGCUUGAUCAUCUCUGUCUUGUGAUGGAUUUGACUGUGAUGGCAGUUGGGAUUCUUGCUCCGCUGCUGGGUCUCCCUGGAGAAAGUUGUUUAGGCCUUGGUUUUUCUAAACUAGAAGCGGCUUAUCUUUUCAAAGAUGCAGGUUGGUGGGGCUAGUUUUGGUGGAUCAGCUUGGCUUCUGAAGACCCUGCAGGUCAGUGGUGUCCAGAGUUCCAUUCUGAGCUUCGUGCAAUGUCUGUAAGGGGUCUGCUGUGCAUUGAACCUGUGGGGAGCUCAAGGGAGCCCUUAGCCUGUUGGAUGCUGUUUCCUUGCAACAGAUGAUGUAGAACCAGCUUCAGCUAAGGGGACUUGUAACUGUUGAUGUGGAAUUGACAGAAGCAUGGAUGUAGCCAAGUACUUGUAGCCUUGAACUCUGCAGGAUUUUGCCUUACUAAGACAUCCCUUACCUUUACAUUGCUGUGUCUUGCAGUAUCUCAGAAAAUGGAAGACAUUCCCAGUGUCAGUAUCUUCUUUUGAUCUUUCUUUUCAUUGUUGCAGCUUUCCCGGUUGUUGCAGGGUACUUGAGCCACAGGAGUGAGCGUAAUCCUGCUGUACUUCCUGUUAGGGUAUCAUGGAAGAUAUAUUCAUUUUUAUAGCAAGGUUACAAAAUGCACAGUGAAUGACUUUCAUUGGAUGGACGGACAGACACCACUAUGUGUUGCAAAGGCUUAACAUUCUUUGCAGGAAGUAGGAACAGACAGCGAUUGACAUAUUUUAUUUAUGUUGGGGCUGUUGGAGGCAAACGGAUGGGCCUGGAGGACCUGACUUCCUCCUGUCCUUGUAACUCUAUGCACUUGUCCUCUCUGACUUUGCUUGCCCAGUAUACAGUGCUAGCAAGGCACCGGUGCUGCUUCUUUCAACUUUGCUAGCCCAGGCGUGUUUGCUGCUUCUGCCUCUCUACUGAGAAUUGGUGCCUUAAUCCUGGUUAACUGAAGCCUCCCUGAGGCCCUGGGAUCUGGUCUUGAGAACCGUAGAGACCAAGACCAAGACAUUUUUCUGCCCUAAUGCAGCCCAGUCCCAAGUAUUUCAUCCCCAGGAUCGUCUGCAAUUUUGCAGAAGAUGUUUUGGGCAGAGCUUCAAAUUGCACAUGCCUGCUUCCUCACUAUCCUUAGAAACGUUGCUAUUCUUAAAUCUCCCCUAAAUAACAUAGCUGGUCUCAUCACCAUCCAUCUCUUCUGAGGCACUCCUGAGAGAACUCAAGGCUGCUUGGUUGAGAAUCACGCAAGGUUAGCCCUGCUGGUCUUGGUUUAAACAGAAAAUAAAAACUACUAAGGGAGUUUCAGUGGCUGCAAAUUAUGAUACGCUGCCCCCAGAAUCAGAGGCGGCUGCCUCUGAAUGUGAGUUGCUGGGGAAUCACAAGUGGGGAGAGUGCUGUGGCUGUUGCGCUCUGGCCCUGCUUGCGGGCUUCCCUUAGGGGCAUCUGACCACGUUGAGAACAGGAUGCUGGGCUAGACGAAUCUUCGCUCUGAUUUCAGCAGCUGGGCUUUUUUUGUGUUCUUAACUGUAAGAGUUUCAUGCUAGAAACCCAGAGUUUCUAUAGGCUAUGGUGUGCUCCUUCUGCUCUUAGCAUGGAACUAUGGGCUGCAACUUGGAGGGACCAGUUGAUGGGAAUGUAAAUGUAAAUGGACUGCCUUCAAGUCGAUUCCGACUUACGAGGACCCUACAAAUAGGGAUUUCAUGAGGCUGAGAGGCAGCGACUGGCCCAAGGUCACCCAGUGAGCUUCAUGGCUACGUGAGGAUUCAAACCCUGGUCUCCCAGGUUGUAGUCCAACACCUUAACCACUAUCUUCUACAGGAUAAUUGCUUUCACUAUGAAGUAUACAUCAGAAAAUUUGAGGUUCAUAAUCAGAAGUGCUUCUAGCAUUACUAAUGAGAAGGAAUCACUGUUGCUGUCUAGGCAGAAGAGUAAGGUUUGCAAAAGUUUAACUCUUGUCAGUCAGACUGGUGGUUCUUGUAUAUAAAAGCAAAGGGAAAUAUUUCCAGGGUUUUAUUUGCUGAAUUUUCUGACGUUUAUUUCAUACCAUAGAUAGCUGUCUCUUGGAUGACUGGGACCUUCUGCAUGCAAAGCCCCCUGCUACAUCCCGCAGUAUUUGCUCCUUCUCUAUAAAAUACUCUGGUACUCUAGUGUUAAGGAAGCAUCCGCAGACACCCGGUCACUGAGUUUGUCCUCCCCAUGGAUAUUUAUUUUAUUUAUUUAACAAAAAGUAUAUACUGUUUAAUCGAACCUCAGAGUGGUUUACAAUAAAACAUUAUCAGUAAAAAGACAGUUAAAAACAGGUAUUUAAAAACAUUCAAAAAUUAAUUAAGAUAACAAUAAGCUAAUAGCAGAUUAAACACGUGGACUUUCUGCAUGUCUGAAUAGGUUUGCCUAAACUAAAGUGUUUUAAGCAUGCACCAGAAAGAGUACAGCAAAGGCACCUACUUGAUAGCAAUAGGCAGGGAGUUCCAAAGUGUAGGUGCUGCCCAGAGCUUGGAAAAGUUACUUUUUUGAACUACAACUCCCAUCAGCCCAAUCCAGUGGCCAUGCUGGCUGGGGCUGAGGGGAGUUGUAGUUCAAAAAAGUAACUUUUCCAAGCUCUGGACUGCUGCCACACUAAAAGAUUGAUUUCUUACAGCUACAGAAUGAGUAUUGUGGCACCUGCAACAAUGCCAGUUAUGUAGAUUAAAGCGGUUGAGUGGGCACAUAAAAGGAGGUGGUCCCGCAAGUAAACUCGUCCCAAGCUGUUAAGGGCUUUAUUAUAUUAAUACCUUGAACUUGGCCUGGUAGCAAAUUGGCAACCAGUGCAGAUCUCUGAGCAAAAGUAUGAUAUGCUGAAAGGAUUUCACUCCUGUCAGCAACCGUUCUGCAGCAUUCUGCACUAACUGCAGUUUCCAGAUCCAGCACAAGGGAACCUCCAGACAGAGUACAUUGCAGUUGAAUCUUGAUGACAUCAACGCCUGAACUACUGUAGUCAGGCGUUCCUGGUCCAGGAAUGGCCAUAGCUGCUGUACCUGCUCCUUCAAGGGGAGUGAAACCCCACUUAGGGCAGGUGAUCCACCAAUUUCUUUGACACGGGAACCACUCACCCACAGUGCCUCCAGCUUGCCAGGAUUCAACCCAGCUUAUUUUCCCUCAUCCAUCCCGCCAUUGCAUUCAGGCACCAGCUCAACAUCUGAAUCAAGACAGAUGUUUUGGAGAAAUGGAGCCGGGUGUCAUCAGCAUACUGACUGCAUCUUGCCCCAAAUCUCCUAUUGACCGCUCCCAGCAGUUUCGUAUAGAUACUGAAUAGCACUGGGGAUAAAACAGUGCCCUGCAGCACCCCAUAGAGUGACUCUCAGUGGGGGCAAAACGCACUCUUUCGUGCUAUUCUCUGGACUUGGGACUGCAGGUAGAAUUGGACAGCUGUAACACAGUGCUCCCAAUUCCCAUUCCACAGAGCUGGUCCAGAAGGAUACCAUGGCCAGUAGUACUGACAGCCACUGAGAGAUCAACACGGCGGGAGCAAGGUCACACUCCCCUUGUCUCCCUCUCUGUAAAGGCCGUCCGUCAGGGUGACUCAUGCCAUGGCCAGGACUGGACCUUGGAUAUGUGCGAAUCAUAAUUUGCAGGUUGCCAGGCGCGGCGGUGGUUCAAACUACUGGCACCACUGGUUCUAAGUUAGGGGUGUGCGCUUAUUGUUGCGCAUCUUGGACAUAGUCUGCAGUCCAGGCAACAGAGUUGUCAGAUCUUAUAUGGAAGGGUGGCGCAGAAGUCUGAGAGCUGUUCUAUAAACCCAUCAGUGCCUUCUUUGGCCUGCUUCUGCCUCUGAGAGAGACCAGGCAGAUCUAGUCUGAGGACCAUGGUCUGUGGCCUUUCUCAGCCAGAACCACGAUUGCCUUGGGCAGGAUUUUUCACCUUAUGUGCCUCUGUACCCUCAUGUGCAAAACUGGGUAUAUCCUGGCCUACCUCUUACGGUGUAUUUAUAUGGGAGGAACAGGAACAGGGAGUGGCUUUGCGUAGGAUUACUAUGCAGCUCCUAAAUGAAGCCAAGAACCCAUGAGCAAACAGGUGGUUCUUUUUUUGCUGAAUUGCCAUCCUAUUAACUGCCUUUUGGGAGGGAGAAAAGUAGGUGUUGGAAGAUAUAUUUUUAAUGGUUUACAAUGUACAAGAUUGAUAGAGGAUAUGUGUGCCAGAGCUGGCUCUAAAACUGUUGUAAAUAAAAUGUCUG